CGCGAGCCUUUAAAGCGGCUACCUCAGGUAUGGAGGCAAUGCUCGUAAGCGAUUCCUUUGGCACAGGGGGAGUUCUCUUCAAGCUCUGGAGGACUGGUGGGCACAGGCACAGGAGGAAGAUCAACACACCCAAGCUCUCGAAGUCACAUCUCGCGAGUUGUGCGGAGAAAAGCCCGAGAAAUGGGACAACCGACGCCGACGUGUCGGAGGCGAGAGCGCUGUGUGAAUACAUCGCAGAGGUGGGCUACCUCUUCUAUCCGCCUGCUAACGACCACACCCUCUUCUCCUUCGUGUCAAUCUCUGCCUGGGAAACCUGCCCCCUGAGGAGCGUGAAGGGCUCCGAAAAUCCCUUCCGCCGACUUCUCAGGUUGCGUGUGAUCUUGUGGUGGAGUUUGCUGGGGAGCUGCUGGGCCACGACUUUGGUGCUUGCGAUGGAGAUGACGAGGUUGGGAAGCCGCUGCAGAUGUUUUGGGAGCGCUUUUGUGGCAGCAAAGGCGUGCGCGUGCGCAUGGAUGCCGCUGCUCCUCAUCGACCGGGCCAACUUGUCAUGGAGGACCGCCCCUCGAGCCUGUGCGGCCCUCCCUGGAGCCCCUCUACUUUGGUAUCAUGGUUUUUCUUCCUUUGAUUUCUUUCCUCUAUGGAUGAUUCGUGUUUUUCCAGAGCGGCAGAAAGGAUGCAGCUCGCGGCGUGGUGGCGGAAGGAGGAGGGUGCAGCGCGGCAUGGUGGCGGAAGGAGGCAGCGCGCUGCAUGGUGGCCUAACAGGGAAGGGAUCAGGAGCGAGUCUAGCCGUCGGACUGGAUGAUGUUCCCCACAUCCUGGACCUUGUCUCCAAGCUGACGGAGAAUGACUAUUUUUUCUACUUGCCAGUGACGAACCUGGGAUGGAACUUGCGGGCUGCUGUUGCCACUUACAGACGGCUAGGAGACAUAGUGGAGGAGGAGUACUCACAACUGGAAGGUGACAGGAACGCCUUGCCCGAAGUGCCACCAGCGUACCCAUGCGACGAAGUUACCACUUCUCCAUUACGUGUGAGCGAGGCCAGGCUGCUGCUGCGCGGGAUCCGGUCUAACCAGCUCCUACGCUCGCUGCUGCUGCACCGGCCGCCACACUCAACACUCCCACACUACUACACGAUUGUCAAUGCCAGCGCUCACGCGCGUCUCUGGCUUGGCCGCUACGACCUCCCGGUCUACUACGAUCACAGCUUGACGUACGGUCAGCUGUGUACCCGAGGAGCUGCAUCGGCCGAAGAAGAGGCUCUGAACGGUGGUUUCCUGGUGGAGCGCGGGCCGUCUUUAGUGGAGACUGCGUUGCGACACAACACACUAAACCAUAUGUGGAAAGAAGGCCCAACCGCAUACGAGAAGCUAGUCCACAUGCGUCCCGAGGAUUACGAGCCACUGCCGGAAGAAGCUGUGGCGCAGGAUGAGAUGCUGUGGAAGGCGCUCCAGCAGCUGAGGCAUGCUGUGGUGGCUACGCCCUCGUAUGCAUGGGGGCAUGCUCUCUCCACCGCGGUUUUUAUGUACGCUAAGCAUUUCCCGCUGGAGCCCGAGGCCAAGCGCAAGUUUCUGUUCAGGCACGGCGUGCCUAAGCACUUUGGAACGCUGCAGGUUUUCGACACCAUUCGCAAGCUGUCAGAGCCACUGGAAUCGGUGGCGCUCAAGGAACGAACCUUUGCUUGAGAAAGACAAGGGUGAUGCUUUCUUGUCCUGGUGGCUGGACUCGGGCAGCAGCACAGCCUGCAAAACUGUUCCAAAACUGCUAUUUUGCCUUGUUAGAAACUCUGUCAGAAUAAACAACGCAAGUAAAGGACUGUGUUCUAUUUC